CAAGCCAAUAGACAUAGUCUCAACUUGAUGACAACAUGGAAGCGAGACAUUUCCAAUAAAGUCGACAUCAAAUAUUGUUGUUGAAAAAUAUCUCAUCGUGGAUUGAUACCCAAAAUGGCUUGCAAAGCUCUACGAGUUUUCCAAAGAACCCUUAAUGUAUCUCAUAGACUUCCAAAUGUAACUAGAAAUUUCAAAACUUCUUCAAAAUGUCUCCAACCCAUGGUACCUAUUGUCAUUGAACAGUCUGGAAGAUCUGAAAGAGCAUAUGAUAUAUACUCAAGACUUCUAAAAGAAAGAAUAGUUUGUGUAAUGGGGCCGAUAGAUGAUACGUUUUCAGGGCUUAUUGUUGCACAGUUGCUAUUCCUGCAAUCUGAAAGUAGCAAAAAACCAAUACACAUGUAUAUUAAUAGUCCAGGUGGAUCAGUCACAGCUGGGUUAGCUAUUUAUGACACAAUGCAGUAUAUGGAAGCCCCUGUUGCUACCUGGUGCAUCGGACAAGCUUGCAGUAUGGGUUCCUUGCUUCUAGCCAGUGGAUCACCUGGUCUUAGAAAUGCACUUCCACAUUCUCGAAUCAUGCUUCACCAACCACAUGGUGGUGCUCAGGGCCAAGCCACGGAUAUCGCUAUUCAAGCUCAGGAAAUAAUGAAGCUAAAAGCUAUGAUAAAUAAAAUAUAUUCAAAGCAUACAUUAAAAGAUGUAAAAGAAAUAGAGGAGACAUUAGAAAGAGAUAAAUUUAUGUCGCCUCAAGAAGCUAAAGAUUUCGGAGUAAUCGAUCAUGUCGUGACACGAUCUACGGAAGGCCCAGUGAAACCAAUAAUUUGAAAUUAUCUUUAUUGUUACUAACCAAUUUGAUAGUUUCUUGUUUCAACUUGGCAAUUAUAUAGCAUGUGUAAAUUUUUAAUAGAAAUUGAAAUGUAGACAUGAAGUUUUAUUUAUACUGCAUUGCAGUUUGGUUUUCUAUCAGCAAUUCCGGUUUUUUCCUGGUUGUUUCUUCAAUAUACACUUGUUUUUAUAAGAAAGAUAUAAAUCAACUAUUAUGCUGUCCUAUUUAACCCCUUUUGACGUCAAUUUUGGUUCCUCAAACGAUUUAUCACCCCGCUGGACGUCAAUUUUGGUUCCUGUCUUGCCAAAAAGGAUCAAAAGGAAGUUUUUAGUAUAGGAAGUGCGGGAUAGGAACAUUUUCUGCACACUUAUAAAUAGAUCGCCAAAGCUCUUGAAUAUCAAAUAAGCAGAAACAGUUCAAAAAACAGUGGUAGCCGGAGGGGAAUCAAAAUGAUCAGAUUUCUGUUAAUAGUCGCUGUCACGGUGGUGGUGUUCGAAGAAAGCAAAGUUGAAGGGCAAGGAUAUUUUCAAAACUAUGAAUUUCCCUGGAAGAAAAGACUCACGACUUUUAAGUCACGUUUGCAUCUACCGCAGUAUCAGUUUGGUUCAAACCACUAUAAUAGAAAUCAAGGCUUCAGGUACCGCCAGCCAAACCUGAAUUUUCCAAGCGUUCCUUCAUCAAGACGCCAUUCCUUCACUGGUGGGUUCGGCUAUAGUAAAAGCCAAGGCCUAAAUUGGAAUCUUGGUGUAAAACUGAACUUAGGUAGAAAGCGACGAUCUGCAGAGGACGAAAAUCCACAAAAAUCAGGAAAAAUUCCAACAGUUCCUCCAGUAGACGGUGAAAGGAAAGUUAAGGUUGAGGAGCAAAGUGGUAUUUCCAAUCAAGAAAAACUCAUUCUCAACAACCAAGAAACCUGUGACAAAUGUUUAGAAAUUCAGCCAUUGAAAGUCGACGAUAAAAUUGCAGAAAACAAAACAUUGGAGGAUAAUGACUUUGUCAUGGUUGUCAAGCAUAUCGAUACAAACCUCUCUGUGUUCAAACUGUUGUCGAUCAUGAAGUUUGAAGUUGUUGAUGUCUUGAAAAGUCCCAUUGAAAAAGUCAGUAAGGGCAGCCAAUUUACAAUCAGAGCCGAAAUGGCAGACUGUCCCUGCCUUUCUAUCCUUGACCCAGGGUACUAUGUUGUCACAGGCGUCAUUGACGAAAAAGGCAGACUUACUCUUUCAAAUGUUCUUAUGGAGUUUGAGGAGAAUAAAUGAACAUAUAACGUUCUUCUGUUUUCUUUGUAAAGUGCACUAGAACUUAUUUUAGAUUUGAGCCGAUGUACAUUUUUAUGCAACAUUGAUAAAAGUCA